AUGGGCAGCUCGCAGCGACUAGCCGCGGUGGCGGCCGUAUCGCACGCACGACAUUACUACAACCACACGCAGCCAGACGUACUGCAGACUGAGACCUCCUCGUACAAUAUCAAUAUAUUCUUCGUCAGUGUAACGUUAUGCGGUGUGUUGGUGGCGGUCUGCGCAGCUUGCUGGCGAAGAUCACCAGCAUCAGACAAGCCGGAGGACAACGCCGACUGUCACGGAGUCUACACUGUCAGUGGCGACACAAGGCUGAUACAGGAACAAUUGGAAAUGCCGGGGCCACCUCCAGCAUACGAGACUGUAGUAGAAGGCCCUCCGAAUAUCAAGGACUGUCACGCAUUGGAGGAGGUGGUAACAGAACCAUGUAUACGAUGUCAGGGUGGGACACGAUGCGACAGCGAUCUACCUUCAUACGAGGCAGCUGUCCUCCUGCGAGACACCAAGUUAUAAUACCUGGAACAGCUGGAACUACCAAGUAAUAUAGCCUUUAUGAAGCACCAAGUAAAAUGUAUUGAGGGCCUUAGCAGACCGUGCACGACCAUCGACAAUUACGUAGAUUAAGUAACUAUAAGUAAUGUUAGGAGCAAGUCCCUUAAUGCCGGACGGCACCUAACACUUGUAAUGCGAGCGAUUCCAUUUUUGGAGGGAAGUCGCCAAGUGGCAUACAUCUAAGAUUUUUAGUAAAAAUUGAAUCGCUCGUGUCAUCAGUUAUCGAGGUAAUACAAGUGUC